ACAGUAGACAACUUUGGGUAUGAUGAUUUCGAAUCUUAUCGUCACUGUGACACUGCUGAUGAAUGCUGGUGCUGUUCUUAACUUCAAAUUGAAUAGAAAACGUGAUCACUCGUUUGACGAGUUGGAAUCUGACUCAUCCAUUGGUGACAGACUACGGGAAUUUCUUCACAGACUUCAGGCAAUUAGGAUAUUUAUUGCAAUAUGGAAUGUCUUCAUCAUUAUCUGCAUGUUUUUAUUUUUCGGAGCAUAGAGAAUUCAGCCAAUGAUGAUGGCCGGUUGCAUGUCUACAGUAUAUGGAUAAGUUCCCAUGUCAUGGAUACAUAGUUUUCUUGUAGGUAAUGGCAAAGUGUUGGACUUGCAGCGGCGCUGUGUUAGAAUGAAACAGACACUAUAUAGACCAGUAAUACAAGGUUUACUGAGUGGAUAUACAACAGCAUGUGAUGAUUGAGGUUUAUAAUAGAGUUUGAACUAAACAAGCUCUUGCUUAUCACACUGACUUUUGAAGUUUCAAACAGCAUUGUUUGAGCGUGGAAUCAAUUAAAAUUUGUAUACCUACCAUAGUA